UAUCAUUUUUUAUCCCAAUGGGUCACCCAAGAAACCUGCACUUAAUCCAGUUUUCAGUUUUUCUGAUCAGUCUUUUUGCUGUUACUACUGCUACUACUUUUGCUAGUUCUAAUGGACAACACAAGCUCCUAGAUGAAUGCUCAUCUGAUGGAGACUGCCAACCCGGGCUGUCAUGUUUGUCUUGUUCUGAAGCCUUUGAUGGCUCAAGAUGUAUCAGAUCAACAACUACCAACCAAUUCAAGCUGGUGAACAAUUCUUUACCAUUCAACAAAUACGCAUUUUUGACAACACAUAAUUCCUUUGCCAACGAAGAGGAGCCACUUCAUACUGGAAUUCGACUUACCUUUUUAAAUCAAGAAGACACUGUAACACAACAAUUAAAUAAUGGAGUUCGAGCAUUGAUGCUGGAUACAUAUGAUUUCAAGGGAGACGUAUGGUUGUGCCAUUCUUUUGAAGGAAAGUGUCAUGACUAUACUGCCUUUGGGCUUGCUAUUGAUACUUUAAAGGAAGUAGAGGCCUUUUUAUCCGCAAAUCCAUCUGAAAUUUUGACACUGAUCCUGGAGGACUAUGUUGAGACCCCAAAUGGCUUGUCAAAAGUUUUCAAAGAUUCAGGUUUAAUGAAGUACUGGUUUCCAGUCUCAAGUAUGCCUCAAAAUGGUCAAGAUUGGCCAUUGGUGAAGGAUAUGGUUGCUAAUAACCAGAGGCUUAUUGUCUUCACUUCAAAGAUGUCUAAGCAAGAAAGUGAAGGAAUAGCAUAUCAGUGGAACUUCGUGGUUGAAAAUCAAUAUGGGGAUGAUGGGGAGCAUGCAGGAGAAUGUAGCAACCGUGGAGAGUCGACACCACUCAAUGACAAAACUAAAUCUCUGGUUUUGAUAAAUCACUUCCGCUCAAUUCCAAUGAAAGGGACGACUUGUGAAGACAAUUCAGCAGAUGUUGUUAGUAUGCUUGAUACAUGCUAUGGUACAGCAGGCAACCGGUGGGCUAACUUUGUUGCAGUUGACUAUUAUAAGAGAAGUGAUGGAGGAGGAGUGUUUGAAGCUGUUGACAAAUUGAAUGGAAAGUUGCUGUGCGGCUGUGAUGAUGUCCAUUCUUGUGUGGUAAGAUCAGCGUUCCUCCUUAUUCUUCAAAAUUUUCAGUAGGAAUUUACAUCAUUGUUGAACUUUUACUGAAGUACAUAGGCCCCUUCUUAGGGUGGUUUCAGCUAUUCAUUUUC